GGAUCAUAACAGUAUAUAUAAUGUUUUCGUUGAAUAAAAUUACCUUCUUUAAAUUAUUAUAUUUUUUAAGACUUUAUCCUAUUUUUUAUUGCUAACAUAAAUAUAAUGAUUUUAAAAGUUAAUUUUUAAUUUGCCGCAUAGUCAUAUAGAGCGUGUACACUGUACACAGUGUGAGUCUUCACUUGUAAACACUAGCUUGUACAGUGUUACACUCUACAGCUGUGUGCUAAUUGGAUAACAAACCAAUAUAAGAACACGUUUUGUUUAUAAAAUUAAAUCUCGGGUGAAGAAAAAAAAUACAAUUCACCAAUACAUAUUAUAUGAUGAGUUAUCAAAUACGAUGUUUCAUUAAAAAAGAGAAUUCUCAAUAAAAAUCAAAAAGUAUUUGAAGCGAUCAAAAAAAUUUUUCAGUGAUUGAGAACUAUUUAGUAUUAAAAAAAAUUCAAUACUUUCCCAGGAAAAAAUGAUUUUGCCUAAAUUUGCAAGUAUGCUGAUAUUCCUGAAAAAAUAUUUAUGUCACAUAUGUGUCUUGAACGAAAUACAAAAAAUGGAUUUUCAUUUGAAUUACCUUUGAAAACAAAUUCUUAUACUAUAGAAAAACAUGUAAAAAACAUAAUCCAACAAAAAUUUGAUGGUGCAUUGAAAAAUAUACGAAUCAAGAAGAAAGAUAAUCAUGACUUGCUUUCAAUUGAUGUAGAUAAACAUUUUUUUAUCAAAGAAAUUUUACAGACAAAUUUAUCUCAAAUUUCUGUUCCUUCAGUUUCAUGCAACAGAGAAAAAGUUGUUGUUGAAUUUAGUUCGCCUAAUAUAGCAAAACCUUUUCAUAUUGGACACUUACGCUCGACAAUCAUUGGAAAUUUUGCCGCGAAUAUAAAUGAAUUUUUUAAUAACAGUGUUGUUAAAUUAAAUUACUUAGGAGAUUGGGGUACUCAAAUAGGUUUGGUUAUCCUCGGUAUGAAUUUAAUGGGGAUGCCUAAUAAAUCUAUAAAAAAUAAUUCAAUUGGAGAUUUGUAUGAAGCUUAUGUUUAUGCAAAUAAAUUAGCUGAAACCGAUCAUGAAAUUCUAGAUCAAGCUAGAAAAAUCUUCCAGCAAUUAGAAAAUGGUGAUGGUAUGUACUUUAGCCAAUGGCAAUCUUUAAAGAAAUCUACCAUCAACGAGUUAGAUGAUACUUAUAAGCGUAUUGGUAUCAAGUUUGAUGAAUAUAACUGGGAAUCUUCGUAUAAUUCUUCAAAUAUUCAUCAUAUACUAAAAUUAAUGGGUGAUUUUGGCAUUCUCACUAGAGAUUCACAAGGCAGAAAAGUUGUGCCUCUUGAUAAUAGGCUUGUUCCAAUAGUUAAAAGUGAUGGAUCAACAUUAUAUUUAGCUCGAGAUAUUGCUGCUGCUAUUGACCGUGCUGAAAAAUAUAAUUUUGAUAAAAUGUAUUAUGUGGCUGAUUCAUCCCAACGUGAUCAUUUUAUAACUUUAAAAAGUAUUCUCACUAAAUUAAAUAUGGCAUGGGCAAGUAAAAUUCAUCAUUUACAAUUUGGUAAAAUAAUAGGAAUGAGUACUCGGAAAGGAACUGUUGUAUUUCUAAAUAAUUUUUUAGAUGAAGUUAAUGAAAUAAUCAAACAAAAACAACAUCAAUUAAGCACCACCAAAGUGGAUAAAAAUGAGGACCAUCAGAGCACAGAUAUCCUAGGAAUGUCGGCAAUAAUAAUUAAUGAUUUAAAACAACGACGACUUCGGGAUUACGCUUUUAACUGGGACACAGCACUAGACAUGAAAGGGGAAACAGGAAUAAAAUUACAAUAUACUCACUGCCGUCUUGUCAAUUUGAAAGAAAAUUGUGGUGCAACAGUGGCCAAUCAAUGCGAUCCAACUCUGUUAGAAGAAUCAAUCAUCGAUGAGCUGAUAAUGUCGAUUGCUCAAUUUGAUGAAGCUGUUGUCGCAUCUUAUCAAACAUUAGAAGCCUGUUAUCUAGUAAAAUAUUUAUUUAAUUUAAGCCAUGUGGUCAAUAGAACUCUGGAACGAUUGCGAGUGAAAGGUGAACCAAUGGAUAUUGCAUCACAACGACUUCUACUUUUUCAAGUUGCCAAAAACGUUCUUAAUACAGGAAUGAAGUUAUUAGGCUUAAUGCCAUUGAAUAAAAUGUAAAAUUUUCCGAAAUGCUGUCAUUAAUAAAAUUUUGAUUUACGAUUUGUACUUU